AUGGCCGCCGCACCUUCCGCCUCAGUUGCGGCCCACCUCGACAUCCCCGAGGGAACAUGCGCACUCUCAUAUGACGCCCUCGACGCGCAGGCCAUCAUCCAGUCAGUCGCCGAUGACGGCGCGGGCGCGACCGCCGUAUUUAUCGGGACUACGCGCAAUUCAUUCAAAGGCAAAGUCGUGAGCAGACUGGAGUAUCAGGCGUAUAGCAAGCUCGCGAUAAAGACCAUGGCGGACAUCCUCCGCGACGCGCACUCGCGAUACACCCGGUCCGACCACCAAGCCACCGACAGUGGCGCCCCCGCGACGGCCCUGAUACGCUCCGCCGUGCACCAUCGACUCGGCACCGUACCGGUCGGCGAGCCCUCGAUCGUCAUCGCUGUCUCUUCGCCGCACCGAAAGGAGGCGUUCAUGGCGUGCGAGCUGAUACUGGAGGAGGUGAAGCUGAAGGCGCAGAUAUGGAAACGGGAGUUCUACGAGGGUGAACGAGAAGAGGAGGCCGAGUGGAAAGCAAAUGUAGGUCAUUAA